UUACACUGUCUCAUAUCACACAGCUGGUUCUGAGUCACAACAAGCUUACAACUGUGCCAGCAAACAUCGCAGACCUGAGAAACAUAGAAGUGCUCAACUUUUUCAACAACCAGAUUGAGGAGCUGCCUACACAGAUCAGCAGCCUUCAGAAGCUCAAACACCUGAAUCUUGGCAUGAACAGGUUAAACACCUUGCCAAGGGGAUUUGGCUCUUUACCAGCUCUGGAGGUUCUUGACUUGACUUACAACAACCUAAAUGAAAAUUCUUUACCAGGAAACUUCUUCUAUCUGACCACCCUGCGUGCACUCUAUCUAAGUGACAACGAUUUUGAAAUCCUGCCGCCAGAUAUUGGGAAGCUCACAAAGUUGCAGAUACUGAGUCUUAGAGACAAUGACCUGAUAUCACUGCCUAAAGAAAUUGGUGAGCUCACUCACCUUAAGGAACUUCAUAUCCAGGGAAAUCGUCUUACUGUGCUGCCCCCAGAGCUAGGUAACUUGGAUUUGACUGGUCAAAAGCAAGUCUUCAAAGCAGAGAACAAUCCCUGGGUUACCCCUAUUGCUGACCAGUUCCAGCUUGGAGUAUCUCAUGUUUUUGAAUACAUUCGGUCAGAAACCUAUAAAUAG